UGUUUUGUGUCGAUAUCAGUUGUAGUAGCCUUGCCGCCUCUCUAAUUUAUGCCCGGCGUCCAUUUUAAUUCGUCUCGGCCAAUGAGUCAUACAUGAACUUUCAUUAUUUUUGUUUUACACUAUUGGAGAAUUUAUUUAUCUCGUUAUGAUUGCACGAAAUAUGUUUCACUGUUGUAAUAAAGAAAUAUUCGACAAAUUGCAGAAGCAGUUAUCGCUUUGUUCUAAAUGCUUUGGGCAACACUGGGACCUGUUCAAACAAAGAAAACUCGAUCCGAUAUACUUUUGCCUAAAUGUCCCGUUUUCGAUCACACCUUCAGUGGUAUCACAUUUGGUAUGAAUAAAAACCGAAUAAAUGAUUUCUGGCUCUUCCUGUCGUCCAGCACAUGUGCGAAGCGAUAAUGAAAUUUUUCCAGCAGUUUUGCCCAUAAAUUCGUUUCUUGAUUUGUCGAAAGUUUUCAUUUGGUGACUGGCUGUCUUAUGGGACCACCAAUUAUGCGUUUAUAUCUUCUGAGCAUGAUGUAGCCCAGUGUUACACCAUUCUGAGUGCCAACAGUUAUUUAAAUUUAAUUAGAUGAUGAAUUUGCUGCACCAACAUAGUACAGAUGCAAUGCUGGAAAAUGGUGAAGAUAUUUGUGGGAAACUUGAGCCAGUCUACGGCGAGGGAAGAUAUACAGAUGAUGUUUGAAAAAUAUGGAAAAGUUACAGAAUGUGAUGUAUUGAAAAACUAUGGAUUUGUGCACAUGGCAAGUUCAGAUGAGGCAGAAAAAGCUAUUCAGGAACUGGAUGGAGCAUCAGUUAAAGGCAGCAGAAUGAGAGUGGAGAAAUCAACAGGAAAGUCUUCAAGAGGAGGUGGCAGAGGUGGUGGAGGAAAAAUGAGAGGUGGCCGUGGUGGAGGUAGAGGGGGAGACAGAUAUGGCGGUGGUGGUGGGGGUGGAUAUGGUGAUCCAUACAGACGUCCACCACCUUAUGGCGGCGGUGGUGGUGGUGGAAGAGAUUCUUAUGACAGAUAUGGGGGUGGAUCAAGGGACAGAAUGCCUAUUAGCAGAGGGUAUGAUUCUUAUGACAGACGGCCACCACCAAUGGAUGACUAUAGAGACAGAGGUUAUGGUGGCUAUGGAAGUUAUGACGCUCGCCGUAGUGAGUAUGACAGGUAUGACCGACCCCCUGCAAGAGAUCCAUACUACAGUGACCGUGGUGCCGCUGCCCGUCCCCCACCCGAGUACUACAACAGAAGACCUCCUCCAGGACCAGAAGAUGACAGACUAACAGGAUAUUCAAAUGGACAUGAUGCUGAUAAUUAUUAUGACAGAUUUUACAAGAAACCCGCACCGCCACCACAGACACAAAAAUCAGUUUCACAAGGAUUCUUACAGAGUGAACCAUACUAUUUUUAGCCAGUCAUAUCAUUUUGUGUUGUUAUUCCGUCAAAUCAUGGAACCAAUUUCCACCAGACCAAGGCAUUUUUAUAUUCGUUUUGUUUAUCCUGUUAGUUUGUUUGAGAUCAAAGUACUUAAACAAUUUUUUUGUAUAUGUUCAUUGUUGUCAUACAUGAAUCAUAGUGUAUAAUUGUCAUAACUUUUUUUAUAUCAUGAAUUUUGUGUAUAUGUAUGAGCUAUUUACAUUGUUCUGUCAGUUGAGUGUUACAGGGUUGUAAGUGAGGUACUUACAUGUGCUCUUUUAUUAAAUCUUUUGAGGUGUAAGAAGUAGAUAAUCUCAUUUUAUUUUUAUUUUUCUUAGCUACAGCUUGUAGACCCUUAAUGAUUGUUCAAUAUUUGAAUGAUUAUUUCACUAUCAUUUCUUUAAAGGAUUUUGAAUACAUUUUUAACCUUUAACCUUUGUAUCAAUAUCACAGUGCAGAAUCUUUUGUAAUCUGAAGAAUUUAAAGGUCAAACAUCUAUAUAAGGCAUGUGAGUUGUUCCCCUUGGAUAAUGUAUAUUUAUAUCUCGCUGUUGAUAAUGAGGCCAAGGAUACCUAUUGGAUCUAGGUUUAAAUUUACUCAGUAGUUAGCUGGGUGAUAUAUUUAUUUAAUUUUUCAACUGAGAAAACAGUCCCCACUGAACACCAGUGAAUUGACAAAAAGAGAUAAGGGACCGUUUUUGUAAACAUUGUCUCCCAAAAGAUUUUAACUUGACUAGAGCAGAUUUCUUUUUUAACCAAUCAAAUGAUUUGAAGUCCAUUUGUCUCUACCAUGAUUUGUUCAUUUCAUUCUAAAUGAAAUGUUUGGAUAGAUUUCAUAUCGAUACAAUGAAAUGGUCCCUACUGUUAUAAGUUGUCAGCAAAGAAGAAGAAAAAAUAGUUUUGAAUAAAGUAAUUCUCUAGUUCACUUAAUUUAUGCCUUGUGAUUAACCAGUAUUAAAUGUUAAGACUUGUGUACUUUGAAUUCAUUAUUCUUGGGAUACUUAUUUUCAUGUGUAUAAGGGAGUCCAUUACAAAUUUAGUAAAGGCCUGUACAUGAUGUAUGAAGAAGUUGUGGACAAUUUUUCCUCCACCUAAAGGACUUGAUGUUAAGCAAACAACAAUCAAUGCUUCAUCCACAAACAUUGAUACUUGCAAAAAGUAAAUGAAUACAAAGUACAUAUCUCAGCAGUCUGCAAUGUUAGUCACUAGUCCAAUGCCCAAGACUAGUCAAAUUUUAUUCAGACUAGUAAGUAUGCAAAACUUUUAGACACAGGAAAAAAAUUCAGAAUGUUGUUCUUUGGACUAGUAGUUGGAAAAGAUAUUGGUGCAGACUGCCUCACAAUAAAUCUUGAAUACAAAAAUUAGCCCAAGAAAUUCUAGAUACAAAUUUAAGUUAACUGGGAUAGAAGAAGGGGGAAACAUGAUGGUAUUUUUAACUGGGGUUGCUUUUAAUCUGGAGAAUUUUAUUUUUUACAACAGUAUAUUGUGUAUAUAUUGUACAUGUUUAAGACAGACCAAAGAACUACACAAUCUUUAAAUGAAACACAUGAAAUGUGAUUCUAUUUAGAUAUAUUUUACAAAUGCAGUAUAUCAAGUUUUCCCUUAGAAUAAACAUUGCAGCAAGUUAAAUGAGUGUUUAUUUCAUUAUAUAUCAACACAUUGAGUUUAUUAGAAAUCCAUUUAGUUUGUCCACAUUGUCAUUAUUGUUUCUAAGGACUCGCUGCAAAUGACAGUAUACUAUCAGAGAGAACUGCGAGAAGAUUUGAUAUAAAAUGAUCUGGUUGUCUGCACACCAAUAACAUGACAACAGUGUUAUAAAAUAAAAAUAAACUUGUAUGAAAUUGUU